AUGGUGCAGAGGAUUUUUCGACACAUCUUCAUCUUCUUUCCUCUCGCUGUUUCUUACCUCCCUUUCCGUCUCCUGGGAGGUUCAGCCCUCGACUUGUGGUGGCGGUGGGCCAUCGCAGAGCUGGAGAGGAGCGGCCCGGCGUUUGUCAAGCUCGGUCAGUGGGCGGCAACUCGCACGGAUAUUUUCCCGCAGGAUCUCUGCAGCAGACUCUCCAUCCUGCAUUCGAACGCGCAGACGCAUGACAUCGAGAGCUCGCUGGACGACCUGCUCCUCUUGAUGCGAAACUCGGGAUAUCAGCUCCUGUCGCUGGACAAGACGCCGAUCGGCUCAGGCUGCAUUGCGCAGGUACAUCGGGCAGUGAUCAUGAAGGACGACGAGCCCAUGAAAGUAGCGAUCAAGAUCAUCCACCCCGAAGUUCCUUCGACGUCGUACGCUGACAUUCACCUGAUGCUGAGCCUGGCCACUUUGGUGGAGAAACUGCCGCGGCUGCGCUGGUUGUCUCUGAGAGAAAGCGUUGAGGAAUUCGCAGGUCUGAUGCAGAACCAGAUAGACCUGAGGGUUGAGGCCAACAACCUCGAAAUGUUCUCUCAGAAUUUCAAAUCGUGGGAGGAGGUGAAAUUCCCUCUGCCAAUCCGGCCCUUGGUAUCGGAGAACAUCCUAGUGGAGACUCUUCAGGACGGAAUUCCUCUGGCCGAGCUGAUCUCAGGGAACCUGUCGGACCAGACUGACAUCAGGAGGAAAGUCGCAGACAUCGGCAUGAGGGCGUUUCUUGCCAUGUGCUUCAAGCACAACUUCAUUCACGGGGAUCUACAUCCUGGCAACGUCCUCGUAUCGUUCGGAGAGGACAACAACGGGCCCAUCAGAGUGAGUUUCCUCGAUGCCGGCAUCACCUCCCAGCUGUCGGAUCGAGACAAGAAGAACUUCGUUGCACUGUUCGGAGCUGUCGUGCAGCGAGACGGUCGACUGGCUGCUCAGCUCAUGCUGGAGAACGCGAGGGAUCACGCAUGUGACAACGUCGAGGCCUUCUGCGACGGGAUGGAGCGGCUCGUCAAUGACGCGCUAGGAAGAGGUCUGGUGCUCGGCAAGUUCCGUGCUGGGCAGAUUCUGGCUCAGGCCUUCACUCUUGCUUGUCUGCAUCGCGUGAAGAUCGAGAGCAACUUCGCUGCCGUCUGCCUGGCUGUCAUGGUCCUCGAUGGGGUCGGAAGGGAGUUGGAUCCUUCGCUCGAUUUGCUGCAAAUGGCAGCGCCGAUCGUUCUACGGCAGCUCAUCGACCGCAGAUGA